AUGACUCUGGUGCUGCCCCUGAGCAGCUUCUGCGAGCCCAUUGUCUCCUCCGAGGGAGCCGGCGAGUUCCAGCCUCUGUGGGAGUCGCGCUGUUGCAGCAAGAGCAGCCCCGCCUCGGAUACAGCCGCCGCGGGCGGCAGCGGCAGCGGCAGCGGCAGCAGCGGUGGCCAAGGCCAGGCACAGCUGCCUCCGCAGGGCAGCGACGGCAGGGCACCAGCUGGGCAGACCCCCGCGGCAGGAGGAUCACAUCACAAAGGAGUUUCAAAUCCUAUAGCAACAUCUAAGGUUACAUACAUUAAAAGGAAAUAUGUGGAAGAGGAAGAUUUUCAUCCUCCGCUCAGUAGCUGUACACCUAAAACAAUAUCUGUCUUUGAAGAGCGAGCACACAUUCUUUACAUGUCUUUGGAAAAACUGAAGUACAUUGAUGACCCUGAAGUCUAUCUCAGGAGAUCGGUCCUUAUCAAUAAUUUAAUGAAGAGAAUUCAUGGGGAAAUCAUCAUGCAAAACAACUGGUGUUUCCCUGCUUGUUCUUUUGGCAGCGCCUCAGCCCAAGAGUGGUUCAUGUCUCAUGACUGUCCUUAUAGGAAACGCCUUCGGAUGGCACGGGAGGACUGUGAAAAGAUCCAGACCUGCUGCUUUUAUCAAGAAUGUGGCAGCCACUACUUAAGUUUACCAUUAUCUACCAGUUCUGCAGUGGGGAAUUCCUCCUCCUCUUCUUCCUCCUCAUCUUCAUCCUCAUCUUCCUCUAUAUCUUUGCCAAGUUGUUCCCAACAGGUGGAAUAUGGUAUAAGCAGUGCCCCUGUUUACAGGAGUGAUGAUCAGAUACAUGCCAAUGAAAUUUUCAUCACUAAUGCCAGGCCACAUGGCAAUCAGGACAAGUCAAUAUUAAGCAAUGAAAAGGGGAGCCAUGAAAUGGAACGAGACCAGGCUUCAGACUGGGAACCUAUGAAAGGCGAUUAUGGUGUUGAAUGUAAAAGCAAAUAUUAUGACUAUUUUGAGACGGGACAUGGUGACAAAAGCAACAUGAAUGAAUCUUGGAAAAAAUCCUUACGAAAAAGGGAGUGUUUACCAGGUGGCAAAAUAUGUUGCAGUAAAGGAAGCAAAAUAUGAAUUAUAUAAUUACAGUUGUGAAGCACACACAGCAUGUUGAAUUUAUCAAACACAAUUUCAUUCUGGAUGGAUGUUCUUAUACUUUUAUACAACCAAUACAAUCGUGGCAUAAGCUUCAUGGAUAGUUUUAAUGACUUGACUGGGGAGAAGAUUGCUUCUAAGUGUAUGUAUGGUCUGCAUCAUAGAGCUAUUUAUAAAGAUAUGGGAUCUUCAUAAAGAGCACAGUUGAAUUGAGAUACGUAUUUUAGCUUUUGUUGCUGAAAGAACUAAUAAACUAAAGGAAGAAAACAUCCCUUUUCACAUAGCCUUCCCCUGGGUAAUCUAACAAGAAUUAAGAGGAAUCUCCUUUAUGUUUAUCAGCUAACAGUGCAUUCGAUAAGCGAAGUAUUACCAGCAAAGGGGGAGGUAUACGUCUUGCCCAACAGGAAUGGCUGUGAGAAAGACUGCAUAUAAUUGAAGAGGAAUAAAUCCACAUUGUGAUCUAGUAUUGACACUAUUCAGAUGUAUUUAACUGUUUGAUUUAAUUGAUAGGGUGUAAUAUCACCUUAUGGAAUCUUAAUCAGAAAUACCACAUACAGUUUCCAGCACAUGUACAGU